CUGCAGCCGCUCGUGUUUCCUGGCGCUGCGCGGCCAUGGCUCUGCGGCUGCUGCUUGGCGCGCCGAGGGCAGCGAAGUCAUCACUGCUUUGCAGCUCUCUGAGGAGCACCAGCUCUAAGACAGGAGGAAGAUCUGAACCUGCUAAGCAGUCACUUAAGAAACCGAAGUUACCAGUAGGUCGAUUUGAUGAACCAGAGGAAUCCAGUAUAGAGAGGGAACCCCUGGAAAAAUUCCCUGAUGGAAUCAAUCCUGCUACAAAAGAGCGAGGUGGACCUAAAGGCCCUGAACCUACACGUUUUGGAGAUUGGGAGAGAAAAGGACGUUGUAUAGAUUUUUAAUGUAUAAAUGUAUCUGUAUUGCUAAUAAAAUACUUCUAGUUGUUGAAAAAUAUAAUGUACAUAAAAAUCUCACCUGGAUUUGUUGUGAAGCUUCUUGUUUCUGUCAUGCUUGUGAUGAAUUUUCUGAGAGAUACUAUGUAAAUAAACAUGAUGCUGCAACUCAA